CCUGGUUUAACGAAAAUCAUAACUUUUUGUGCGAUUCUCUGUACUUUCAAAACGAGUGAUACUCUUUUAGGUUUACGUUCCUUCCAAAUUGAGUUUUACCGAAAUUGAAAAGUAAAUGGAGAAGCUCUCCAAUACUUUCUCUCUCCUUGCUUUCGCCGAAGAAGAUGGUACUGCGGCUUCUCCUCCUUCUUCUUCCACUGAAAAACUAGGAGAAAGGGUAGUUGAGGAUGUCGGAAACUAUAAGCAACCACUUGUCUGGAUUGACUUGGAAAUGACUGGUCUUAAUGUUGAAGCUGACAAAAUAUUGGAGAUUGCGUGUAUAAUUACUGAUGGACAGUUAACCAAGUCAGUGGAGGGUCCAGAUUUAGUUGUACAUCAAACCAAAGACUGUAUGGAUAAAAUGGGUGACUGGUGUCAAACUCAUCAUGGAGCCAGUGGUUUGACGAAGAAAGUACUUUGUAGUACGAUAAGUGAAAGGCAAGCUGAAGAAGAGGUCAUCAAAUUCGUAAAAAAGCAUGUUGGUUCUGAACAUCCACAAUUAGCUGGAAACUCGGUCUAUGUGGAUUUCCUUUUCUUAAAGAAGUACAUGCCAGAUUUGGCUGCCCUUUUCUCUCAUGUACUUGUCGAUGUUAGUAGCGUUAAGUCUUUAUGCAUCCGAUGGUUCCCCAGAGAUAAAAACAGAGCUCCUGCAAAGAAAAAUAAUCACAGAGCCAUGGAUGAUAUAAGAGAAAGCAUCAAGGAGCUCAAGUAUUACAAGGAAACCAUAUUUAAAUCAAACAAAGCAAGGAGGUGAGUUGGAGUGAAAUCCUCUUGUAUACAUACCUACUUGAUUAAAAGAAAUUCGUUUUUUUGGGGGGUUAGGGAAAUCGACAUUGUUGCUGAGUAAUCAUUCUUUUGCCUGAUAUAUUAUGAAACAUAGUUAUCUUUAGUUAUUUAAAUGGUAAAAGAUUGUUCUCAAGACAAGAGAAGCCUCCAUUGCCCUCGUUGAUCAAACUAUGAUCAUUGUUCUGAAGACGAGUAAGUAUUGUCAAGCCCUCUUGAUAUGCUAACAUCAUGGUUAUAGCUUUGUGUAAAAGAAUCUUCAAGGACUUUACUAGUUUUUAAU